GGAGCAAUGCAGACGUACGAGGAAGGAUCGGAAAGCAGCUGAGGGCAAGAGCUCCUCUCUGCCUCCCGUGUCACAAGGCAGUCACCCCUUUCUGGUGCAGGCACAAAGUGAGCUGCCGGGGUGAAUUCUUACUGGGAGCAACAAAAACUUCUCAGAAACAGACUGGGUUUUCUGUUUCACAUCGCUCAGCUCUGUGACUUUUGCCUCGAGGGAAAGUUCCUCCAGCAGAGUUUUUUUUUACAAAAAGAGACGUCAUGUGUCUUAAACACGGCUCUCCUGGCUCUUCACUUUUACUAUAAGAGAUUAUUAUAGUCUGAGGUCGCAAAGCAGAGCCACUAACCUCUGUUUGAACUUCCUCGUGUUCAGCACAUGCUCCCACCUGAACCUUUGCCGCGUGGUAUAUGCUGUUGGGAUACCCUAAGACAUCGCCCAGGAAUGGUGGAUCACUUGCUGCCUACCGAUGAGUCCUUUUCAUCUAUGAGGUCUUCUCUGGGAUACUUUGGGGACAUGACGGCAGGGGUGAGGUCCUACCAAAUGCUGCCCUCUCCCCUGUCAGAAGAUGACAGCGACUCGUCCAGCUUUUGUUCUUGUUCCAGCCCGGACUCCCAGGUUCUCAGCUCCAGCUAUGGGAGCACGUCCAGUGCGGAGAGUCAGGACAGCAUCUUAGACUACUUGUUGUCCCAGGCAUCUCUGGGGAACACCACCAUGUCAUGGUGGGACAAAAGGAGACUUCAGCCCAUAGUCAAAGAGGAGUACUUUAGGUUGCCUGAAUUUGCUGUGGAUAUGGAAGACUCUGGACCAUUUCAGCCCACACUUGAGGAAAUUGAGGAAUUUCUGGAAGAGAACAUGGAGCUGGAGCUCAAAGACAGACCUAAAAGUGAGACCAAGGACUUGAGAGCUUGCAGCCAAGUUUCUGUUGCCUCGCUACAGCAAAAAGACCAUAUGUUACCCAGCGCUAGCUUAAAAGAGAGUAAAAACGAACAGUUGAACAGCUCGACGGAAGGUGGCCAGGCUUCAAAUGGAGGAAUGCCCGUGGAGAAUGGGAUACCGGUUAUGCUCCAAAUUCAACCUGUACAGGUCAAACAGGAGUCCAACACCAGCCCUAAUUCCCAAGGACCAGCACAAGACAACAUUAAAAUUGCACAGCUCCUAGUCAACAUCCAAGGACAGACAUUUGCCCUUGUGCCCCAGAUAGUUCAGUCAUCCAAUUUGAACUUGUCCUCUAAAUUUGUCCGCAUUGCUCCCGUCCCCAUCGCCGCCAAGCCAAUUGGGCCAGGAGGCAUGAUCCAGGGUCAGACGGGAAUCAUCAUGGGUCAGAAAUUUCAAAAGAACCCUGCAGCAGAACUCAUUAAAAUGCACAAAUGUUCUUUCCCUGGUUGUACCAAGAUGUACACGAAAAGCAGCCAUUUGAAAGCCCACCUGAGGAGGCAUACAGGAGAAAAGCCUUUUGCGUGCACGUGGCCAGGUUGUGGAUGGAGGUUCUCCAGGUCAGAUGAGCUGUCUCGGCACAGGCGCUCCCACUCGGGGGUGAAACCCUAUCAGUGUCCCGUCUGCGAGAAGAAGUUUGCUCGAAGCGACCACUUGUCCAAACACGUCAAGGUGCAUCGAUUCCCCCGAAGCAACCGCUCCGUCCGCUCCGUGAACUGAUCAGUCCCGCUUUCCCCUUCCCGCCCAGCCGUCCUACAGCAGCCGAUGACAGCACUUUGCUCACUAUAUUUCUAGUGAUAAUUUAUUUGUCUUCACACAACAGUCAAUGCUGUUACUUGAUACCACCAUGUCUGAGUGUCCCAUGUCCUUUAAAGAUGAUUUGAGAAUGAAGUUCUUUUUGGGUCAGGGGAGGGGGGUGUUCUUCCUUUUUUGUCUUUUUUUUUUUUAAGGAUGUUAUUUUCCUUUCCUCCUAUCUUUCCCUUCUUUCCUGCUGCUUCUUUUGGAAAUUACAGUGUUUUAUUUUUAGCUGUUUUCUGCUGCACAUGAAAAUGUAAGAGUUGCUUGCAGCUAGUUAAUUAUAGCCCUGGCAUUCCUGAGGGCUUUGCUCAUGUACAGGCCAUUCAUUGUGAGUUUUUAUUAAGCUGCUCUAUUUGUCCAGUUUGGAAACAGCAAAUUCCUUUUGAAAUGAAAACAACUCCUUUGUUUUUGGGUUGCCUGAGCCAAGGAUUUGUAGGGGCUGGCCAUAGGAGGAGGAACAGUGGGAGUCGGGGAGAGGGAGAGGCAAGCGCUGCAAUGCACCCCCACACCUCUCUCAUUUCUCCAGCUCACAUUUACCUUUUCCUCGGUUAGGGCUAUAUAUAAAUAUUUAUGUAUAUAUAUUCAUACAUAUAUAUAUGUAUAUAUUUAAGCAAAGAUAUAUCCCAAACAAACCCAAAGCUCAGGCUGGGUGAAAUGGGUUGGCGUGGAGGCCUUUUGGUGUGGCUCACUGCGUAUCAUGUGCAUGCUUUUCCUGUCCUGUGCUGCCACUGAGGGUGAAAGGAUGCCCACGCAUCAAAGGAAACGCUGCUUUCCUUUGACAGUUUGGAAGCAUCCACUGUCUUUAGCAGAAGAUCUGUUGUCUAGAGUGUAAAGCAACAGGAAGCUGUUUGUAAGAAUGGCUGCGCUAUGCUCCCAUCUCCACUCCUGUCCUCUUGUGUGAUCCUUGAGGAGAAACCCCAAGGUGCCCAGUGGUCCUGGUGAGCACUGGGCAUCCCGAGCAUCCCCUGCCCACACUGGCUGGGGCUGAGCCUCUGUAUCCUUGACCAUUUGUCAGGGUGUGCCAGUGACUUGGGAACAAGGGGAGCAUCAUGGCCUGGUGGGACAGCACCAGGAGAUCUUCUGACCCAGGGUGAGCUUCAGCGCUGAACCUUCCCUUAUCAACAGCCAUGUCAGAGCUCCACGCAGCUGGGCUGGGCAAAUGGGUGAGAACAGUAGCCAAAAGAAACAAAUUCGUAUGGCAGAUGGCUAAGAAGGGAAUUUAAGCAAAUAAUCAGAUGGUAGCAGGCAAGCGAUUUUGUUUGUGUUUCUUCUUCUUGUUUUGUUUUUCCUUUUGAACUCUGGCGAUUGUAAGAAGCUUUAGAAGAAAAUAGAAUUCAGUAAUUAGGAACGAUUUUAUAAUGGAUGUUGCAUUUCCUUUCCAUUCGCAGACAGCAUCUGUUUGUCUUUUUGUUGGCAAAAUGGGAAAUAGAUAACUGCCGUCCUAGUGCUAGGCAGAGCAGGAGCCCGCGCUGUGUAAGAACAGCAGGUCUAGCUAAAGCGAAUGCAUUCCUUUUGUCCUCUAGAAAUUAAUAUAAAUGAGCUAUCAUCUAUUGACUGGUUUAUAUCACAUCCUAUGAAUGUAUGUAAAUAAAACUGUACAUAGAUGCAUAUCUAUAUAAAAUAUCUUUUAAUAACGUAUCAAAAUUUGUGUAAAUUGGAAACAAAAAUACCUAUAAAGCCAGUGUACAUAAGUUACAAUUCUGUAUAUUUUCUUUUGUUCUUCAUAAAAAUAUAUUUACUUUGACAAUAAAAUGAAAAUGGAAAUUUUA